UGCGGGGAUUGCCGUGGCAGUAAUGACGCUGCUCUGUUCAUCCGUUCCUCCCAGCCCGGGACGCGUGGCGUUCCUCCCCGCACCACAGAUCCCGCGCGGCCAAGCGCGAGUCGUUUCCAGGCAUCGGCGUCUGUGGUCCUCGACCUUCGGAUUUCAGACCUCGGUGCCUCCCAGGACCGCGAUAAACGUCGCCUCCGCCCCUCUCUCUCAGAUCGCCUGGGGGGCGGUCUCGGCUUGCCCCAAAUCGGUCCUCAUUAGAGCCCGGCCAGGGAAGCCGGCAUCCGUGGCUCCCAGGGACCUGGACCCGGAGCUGCUCCUCCCUGCCCGGGCGACAGCAGCUGAGCAGUCCCGAGGCGGUCCGGAACCUCGCGGUGCCGUCUCCCCUCCCAGAGCGGAGUCGGGGACCGGGCUAGGUGGAAAUGCCAUGGUUCCCUUCUGCCCAGCGGGACCGCCCCUGCCCAGUCUCUCUCGCUUUUGGCCCUUCCUGGGGCUUCUAACGCCGUGGAACACUUGUGUUUCUCCUAGGGCUCGCUUGGAGGAAGGCAGCCUAGCGCAGACGGAAGGACCAGGGCCAAGAUACUUGACACGUGUGGCAGAGACUGCUGAUUGCACACCAACACAGUCCAUCUCCCCUUCACAUUUAAUAACAGCAGAAGGUAGCAGUAUGACCAGAAUGACAAUGUUGUGGCUACAAUCUCCAGGCAACCUUUAAGAUGGAACCCCAUGCUGAGGAUAACCCAACAGUAAAUGAAGAACAAACUCGAACCAUUGGAAAAGAGAGACGUAUGAAUGAAGCACAGUAAGAGGAAGAUAAUGACACUGGUGAAGUGUGGAUCUUGAAUAGAAGGAAUCUCGUGCACCCAUUUAGAUUGUGUGAACCUCUUUGAAAAACUUUGCUCUUUGUAGGAAUAAACAUCUUUUAGGUGAAAGACAAGCAAAUUUCUAAUACUUUAAGCCAUAAUUAUUUCAGGUCUCUGUAACUAGCAAUUAAGCAAAUUUCUAACAUUCAGAAACUCAAAAUUCUAAAAUGCUGUCUUUAGUGAUUAAGAAGUUUUAGUGCAAAGAAGGUAGAAGAAUUGGGGUAAUGAAGUAACUGAAAACAUAUUAUUUAUAUUUAGUCACUUCUUCAGAUGUAAUUUGUAUAAUUAGUAUCUUGAAUUUAUAAUACUUAAGAUAAUGUGGCAUAUUGGAAUACUUAAUAAAUUGGGCAUGAGUCCAAUUUUUUAAAUGUGUAAUAAACAAAUGAUUUAGAAUUGUGGCAAUUUCUUGAAAGAAAAAAAAAACUGAUAUUUAUUUGCACUCUAAUAUAUAUUUUAUAUUAUUCUCUACAAGUUCUCUAAUCAAGAAGGAAUUUUCAUUCUUAGUGAAUGAAGCUUUCAUACUUGAUUCAUUCAAGAAAGGAAUAUCCUCAAAUACUCUCAAAUUAUUGAGCAAAUUGAUAUUUUCUCAGUAAAAAGGAUCCA